CAAUCAAAACCCGUAAAAGGUCAGGCGGGGGCGGAACUGGAAGUGACAGGUAGCAACGGUCCAUACUGCGAAGACCAUCAGACCAGCUGAACAGGGAUAAGACUCCGCGGUCGGACGCCCCUCUGGCUCUUUGUGCUUCAGCUGCCGGAGAGAGAAGGAAACUUUUCUGCGCUGUGGUUGUUGAGGGCCUGAAAAUGUCGAAGCAGUUUUACCAGCUGAGCUCCGCGCUGCUCGGGGACACAGUGGGUAAAAUGAACGAGAACCUGACCUCCCUGGUUCUGGCUGCGUCUCUGUUCACUCUGACUUUGGGUUAUGUCUCCAAAAGGCUGCUCAAGGAGGCUGAAGACAAAGACGCGAAAUAUCCCCCACACAUCCCCUCCAGCAUCCCAUUCCUUGGGCAUGCCAUUGCUUUUGGAAAAAGUCCAAUUGAAUUCCUGGAAAAUGCUUAUGAAAAAUAUGGUCCCGUGUUUAGCUUCACCAUGGUGGGGAAAACUUUCACUUACUUGCUGGGCAGUGACGCGGCCACCCUUAUGUUCAACAGCAAGAAUGAAGACCUGAACGCAGAAGACGUCUACUCCAAACUGACGACCCCAGUGUUCGGGAAAGGAGUAGCAUACGACGUCCCGAACCCUAUUUUUCUGGAGCAGAAAAAGAUGCUGAAAACUGGACUGAACAUUGCUCAUUUUAAAGAGCAUGUGAAGUUAAUUGAGACAGAAACCGUUGAUUAUUUCAGGAGAUGGGGAGACAGUGGAGAGAGAAAUCUGUUUGAGGCGUUUUCGGAGCUGAUCAUCCUGACCGCCAGCUCAUGCCUCCAUGGGAAGGAGAUCCGCAGCAUGUUGAAUGAACAAGUGGCUCAGCUCUACACCGACUUGGACGGGGGGUUCAGCCACGCCGCUUGGCUUCUGCCCACCUGGGUUCCUCUCCCAAGCUUCAGGAAACGAGACAGAGCUCAUAGAGAGAUCAAGAACAUCUUCUACAAGGUGAUUGAAAAGCGGAGAAAAUCUGGAGAGACAACCGACGACAUCCUGCAGACUCUCAUCGAUGCUACAUACAAAGAUGGUCGGCCGCUGACCGAUGAUGAAAUUGCAGGGAUGCUGAUUGGUCUCCUCCUGGCGGGUCAGCACACAUCGUCUACCACCAGCGCCUGGUUGGGGUUCUUCUUGGCCCGGGACAAAGCUCUGCAGGAUCACUGCUACGCCGAGCAGAAGGCCGUGUGUGGAGAAGAUCUGCCUCCGCUCGACUUUGAUCAGCUGAAGGAUCUGAACUUGUUGGAGCGCUGCCUGAAGGAGACACUGAGGCUCCGGCCACCUAUAAUGACCAUGAUGAGGAUGGCUCGCACACCUCAGACUGCUGCAGGAUACACCAUCCCCGUCGGCCACCAGGUCUGCGUCUCCCCAACCGUCAACCACCGCCUGCGCGACACCUGGAUGGACAGGAUGGAGUUCCGGCCAGAGCGGUACCUCAACGACACUGCCGACAAGUUCGCCUACAUCCCAUUUGGCGCCGGUCGCCACCGCUGCAUUGGGGAGAACUUCGCCUACGUCCAGAUCAAAACCAUCUGGUCCACGUUGCUGCGCAUGUACGAGUUUGAACUGGUGGAUGGAUAUUUCCCCUCAAUCAACUACACAACGAUGAUUCACACCCCGCAUAACCCCGUCAUCAGAUACAAGAGGAGGAAGCAGUGAGAGACGGAGGGUAGAUGAAGAGAGAAUCAAAGACUUUCAUAAACUUCUUGGUUUGGUUUUAAUUGAAGUUCUGACAUCCUGGGACUGGAAGGAAAUACAGAUUUAUGCUCCCAGUGUCAGCCCUGCAGUAAGUCUGAAGUCUAGAAUGUCAGCAUCAUUUUCGAUGCUUCCUUUGUACGCUCCACAAAGCUAUUGUGAGUUUUCAUGAGUGGAAAUCAUAUGGGAAGAAAAGUAACCGUCUUCCUUAACAGCGUCUCUACAAUCGCUUAAUUUCUGACAUCUGAAAUUAAUUUUCUAGAGGAGGGAAAAAACUCAUCCAUGCACAAGGAGAACAUGCUUCUAGUUCACAUUUUAACUCACGUUUUCCUCACUAUGUAAACCCUCAUCAUGUCAUAGAAAAACUGAGUGUCUUCAGUCAGAGGCUUCUUCAAAUGCACUGUAAUACAGACUGCUACAGAAGAUCUUUCCUAUCACAGCUAUCCUCAUUCCUUCAACUCACGUGCCUGGUAGUGGGAUAAAAUUGGGUAAUUUUUUUUUGUCUCAUUUUAAGUUAUUUCUAACUUUAAUUUUUUUCCUUGAGACAAAAUAACCUAUCUUUGCCAUUUUCUGACUGAUUAAAAUCAACACGUAUAUUUUGCCGACUUGUCUGCCAUUUUGAAGAGUAACAAUAAGAAUAUUGUCUUUGUCAAAUUGUGUUUAACACCGGGUAACGGGAAGUCAUUACCAAUUAAAUGUUUGAAUAAAACGUUUUUUAUGAAAAACAAUUUCCUGAAGUGAGAUUUUUCCCCCCCACUAACUGAAUAAACAUUCUCAUUAUAAAUAGCGUUAGCUCAUGCUACUGGGGUUUCCCCGAAAAUUAUUAGUGAUUUUGUCCAUUUUUCAGGAGACAGCUUUCUGCAUGUUUCCCAAACAAAUGUAAGACUUUUAGAGGGUAUUAUGGAAUAAUUUUAAGACUUAUAUCUCCACAAAAAUUUAUGAAUAUUGUUGAAAUAAUAUUUUAAAUUAGCACAAUACUGCACAGGAUAGUUUUGAUACAUAUGAAAUAUACCAUAGAAAGUUAAAGUACACUCUACAUUCACAUAAAUUGAGAUAAAGAUCCAAACUAAAACAACUGCUGAAUCUCUGAACUUAUAUAAAUUCUUAGGGAGGAUUCUACAGAAAAGACAGGCCUAGAAUCUCUUUAGACAGAGUCUGUCUGCCAGCAAUUAACAAAUUCCUUAGCAUGGUUCAAAAGUUCACUAGGAUCUUAAAACUUUUUAUAAAUAAUUUUAUCUAUAUUAGAAUUAACUAUAUUUCUUUAAGCAUGUUUUUAAUUAGUUACUUAUUAGAUCCAAACUUAUAGUCAUUAUUUAGCAUUACAUUGUGUGCAAGCUUGGUUAAAAAUACAAACUACUUUCUUGUGGAAACAUUUUGAGGCACAGAUAGCGCUGCAGCUGCAAUCAUAUAUCAAACUGGACAGCGGCUGAUACGAGAAGGGUUUGCCGUAUAUCUGCUUUUGGGGCUCUUUAGCAGGAGGUAAUAAAAUUAACAUUGAGACAGCCCACACAAAGGAAAAGAACACCUCCUAAUGCAUAUAUUUAAAUGAGGAGAUUACGCAUUCUAUAAAAUGAUUUGGUUUACAGCAGAAGUUGGAAUCUCUUUGUGCUGAGUGAGAGUUUUCCCGGAGGAUGCAUCUUCUGUUAUACUUUUGUCUUUUUUACUCAGUUCUUUGUCUCUGUUUUGUAAUAUCUUGGACUUUUGAUAUUCUAGGUGAGAGGCUUAUUGUAAAGUUCUUCUUGGAUUGAUUUUCUCUGGAUAAAACUCUGAAUAUCUGAA